GGGGGGGGGGGGGGGUGCGCCUACGUCAUCCAUAAGUCAACUAGGACAAAGCGAGCUCCACAGACUAUGCAGUCACUUUAUUCUCUCCUUGAAUUUACAGGCUUUUCCCAGAAAAAAUAGUAGCUGUUUCGCAUAACUCCUAACUGAAUCUUUAACAGGACUUGGUCAUCACUGCGCACAGUUGCAACAGAUGUUUAUGCGAAGACUUGAAGACUUCCUUAAGAAAAUUCCAGUAACCUGAAACGAUGUAACGUUACUUCAAUUCACCGGAAUGCAGAACUCUCUCACCUAGUAUUUUUUGUGGGAAGUAUCCCGAACACUCGUUCAACACAGUCUAAAAACGUCUUUACAGUUCGUACAGAGAUUUAAAUAAAGCUCAUGGGAAUGUUUGCUCUGUUCGCUCUGCUUCUGAGUCUCCAGGCCUUUCUGCACAUUAAGCAAGUUAAAUCCCAACAGUCUUGUAUAAUAACAGCCAAGGGGUGUGCAGCAGACUGUAAAGGUCUUCGGCUACAGGGUGUGCCUGUAACACAACUUCCGGCUUCUAUUGAACAGCUCGAUCUCUCUUUCAAUAGCAUACAGAUCAUUCGCAAACAAGACUUUUUCAAUUUUAGUCAUCUGCGAGUCCUCAAGCUUAAUUACAAUAAUAUCUCAGUGAUUGUGGACGAUGCCUUUCAGAGAAAUCUCCUGCUGCAGGAUAUAAAUUUAUUUAACAAUUCUUUGACACAAAUUCCCCUCAAAGCUCUGGAGCCACUCACAAAUUUAAAGGUUUUAGAGUUGUCCAAUAAUAUGUACACACAAGUAUUUCUAGGUGAUGCUUUUUUUAAUUUUAGUCAGUUAAAGAUUUUGUCGAUUGGUGGACCGCUGGUCAGUAAUUUAGCAAGCCUUGACAUUGACAUAUUGAGAAACCACUCGUUGGACAAGUUUGCCAUUAAAACUGGUACUGGUCUUAAAAGUUAUGAAGUUGGGUUUUUCAAGACCCUCAGCACCAAAAACUUGUGGCUCGAUAUAGCUAUAGACAAAACUCCAGAUGUCCUUCCUAAAAUAUUAAAAGACCUAGCAAACAAAACAAUUGAUGUUCUACGUUUCCGCAAUCUUUUUGAAUUUCAGUACUACACUGGCAAACAGGAUAUUUUUUAUGGCCUGCAGUAUAUAAAUACUCAAACAUUGUUCUUCCAUCGAGGUAAAUUCAAUGAGGAGGUUAUUAGAAUGGCUCUAGUAAAUGUUGCAAAGAGUCCAGUCAAAGCUUUAGCGCUUGUGUAUAUCGACUUUGCUCGUUCGCAGAACAUAACACAGGGAUCCAGUGUGACAAACCUGACCUUGGAAAAGUUGGUUCUCUCGGACAUCAGUAAUCCAGAUAUAAUUCGCUUCGACUGGCGCUUCACCUGGCUAAAUCAUAUCCGUCAAAUCAUUAUAUGGAACGUCAACUUCAACUCUGUGCCUUGUGACUCAUGGCAGGAGUUGAAAAGUUUAGAGGUAUUCGACAUCUCUAACAACCAGGUGAAGGACAGCUAUCUUUAUUACCCGCUAUGUGACAACAGAAACUUGCUUUUACUUCAGACCUUUAACGUCAGUCGUAAUCGCCUUGUUAGUCUCAGUGACUUGGCGUCUCUGACCAAGAACUUUGUCAAGCUGAACACGAUCGAUAUGAGCCACAACCAACUGCGAUAUAUAGGGAACCGUGUCUGUAACUGGAGAACGACCAUUACCAGAGUACUUGCUAAUCAUAACAGCUUGACCAGCAACUGUUUUAAGUGUCUCCCCACUUCAGUGUUCUACCUCGAUUUGUCGUACAGCAACCUGGACCAGCUCGACAUGGACUAUUUUAAUAAAGCGUCCAACCUGACAGAGCUCCUCCUUAGCGGCAACAAGAUCAAGUUCAUCCCUUCUGGUUGGAGGAAUCCAUUUCUGAUGACACUUGCUCUAGAUGGAAACUCAUUUGGUCUCAUUAGCAUGACGUCUUUUAAGGACAUGCCUUCGCUACAGAUGCUGACCGCAGGGAACAACCCAUACCAUUGUACCUGUGAUCUUCAUACGUUUAUACAGGAAACCACAAGUAAGGGCAAGGUGAACAUUACAGAUUGGCCGUAUAACUACAAAUGUUACCACCCGGAGCGUCUUCUCAAUACAAUGGUGUCCAGAUACUUCCCUGGUCAUUUAGCCUGCGAUAUUAACCUUGUUAUCAUAAUAUCUGUGUCAACGACUGCUCUUGUUGUGCUUGGUAUGGUGCUUGUCUGCUAUAUAUUCCACGUGCCGUGGUACAUUAAAGCUACAUACCAAAUUAUCAGAGCUAAGUACAGAGCCCAUAAAGAAGGUUCUGAUCAGGCUAUAGACUACACAUUUCACGCCUUCAUCUCAUACAGCCAUUCGGAUGGAGAUUGGGUUAGAGAGCAGCUGCUGCCCUGUCUAGAGAAUGCUAGGCCACCCUAUCGACUUUGCAUCCAUGAAAGAGACUUUAUUCCAGGGAGGUGGAUCAUCGACAACAUCAUUGAGAACAUUGAAAAUAGCCGCAAGGUCAUCUUUGUGUUGUCAAGAAAUUUCGUGAACAGCGAGUGGUGCAACUACGAGCUCUACUUUGCCCAACAACAGGCCAUCGGCAAGACAUUUAGUGAUGUCAUCCUGGUUGUCAUGGAACCCAUUGAUCCCACCUCGCUACCUAGCAAGUUUUGCAAACUGAAAAAGAUGCUCUGUACCAAAACAUACCUGGAGUGGCCGCAGCAACCCACAGAGCAGAGUUUCUUCUGGAUCCAGCUGAGGAGCGUUCUGGGAAAACCAAAUGCAAUAAGACAGCGCACUUCAAGUCGGCUCAGCCGUCUGUCUUCAGUAAAGUCGAUGUCUCUUACUGAGGUGCAACUUGAGAACCAGAGGUCUGUAGACUAAAAGGAAAGAUGAAGAUGACCAUGUUAACAAUAAGCUUUCAAAUAGAGGUCAUGCAGAACAUGUAGAAGGACAUGUUUAAGAUGGCCAGUAGAGAAGAUCCAUAUUUUAUUUUCUUGAAACAUGAACAUGAAAAUACAUUAUCACAUGAAUUAGUUACAAUGUUUUUGAAUCUGACGAAGAUCAGACUUAUCUAGAAAGGAAACGACUUACCCAAUGAACCAUAAUAAGACAACACAUUUGCUCUGAUAAUCAAUACUGUUUUAUUUACAUUAGUGUGUAAGUACAUUUACUAACCCCUGAUUAGGCCAGUAAUCAUCAAGACUGCCAACCAACCUAUGUUUACUGAAACAAGUUGUAUUACUGCAAUAAAACUAUAUUGACAACAUGCCAUUUUUGGCAUAUUAAAGGGACGGUCUGUCAUCAUUUACUUACCCUCAGGUUGUUCCAAACCUGUCUUUGUUUUGCUGAACACAAAGAAUG